UUAUUUUGAUUUAUUUCCACGUUAUUUUGCAGUUUUGUUACCUUAAUUGCUUGAGGUUUUGCAGCUUCGGACCUCUCUUGCGCAUGCUCUCUGCUUUUCAAGCUGAUUGGACAGCUGGUCGAAGUUAACGAGAGAGGCUUGGGGAAAAUACAAGUAAUGCCUGACUGAAUUUGACCAAUCCUGGAACUCUGAUCACAGGUUUUAAUACUCUAACUUCAACAUAGUUAGUUCAUUUCACUGUAUUUUUUCCAGCGUCUUUAACCAUGAUUUCCAUCCCUUCUGCAGGUGGAUAUGAUAAGCUCGAAUACAAGGAGCUUUCAGAAGGUGAAUUUACCGAAGGUGCUAACAUCAGAAUGAAUGAUAACAUCACAGAAGACGAUCUUGUUGUUGUGAAGACUUACGCAAGCGGUGUGAACUACGCCGAUGUUUGCAUUCGCUGGGGCGUAUACGAGUCAGCUAAGAAAUUUGUUGGAUGGCCGAUCACUCCUGGAUUUGAAUUUAGCGGAGAAAUCGAAAGCAAAGGCAAAAAUGUGACGAAGUUUAAAAUCGGCCAAAAAGUAUUCGGAGUGUCGCUAUUUGGAGGGUACUCGAAGCGGGUUAGAGUACCUGAGCAUCAAAUAUUUCCAAUGCCAGAAAAUCUUGACAAGAACGAAGCAGCUGGUUUCCUGACUGUGGCUUUGACAGCUUGGUAUGGGUUAUUUGAACUUGCAAGACCCAGGGGUGAAAGCUGGAUACUCAUUCACUCUGCCGCUGGAGGGGUGGGAAGUAUGCUGGUUCAACUCGCAAAGAUCCGUGGUUGUCACGUGGUGGGCGUAGUGGGCGGAAGUCAUAAAGUGAACAUGGCCAAAGAAUUAGGUUGUGAUCAUGUGAUUGACAAAUCUAAAGAAAACAUAUGGGAAGCAUCCAAGUACUAUGUUCCCAAAGGGUUCCAAGUUGUCUUUGAUGCUAAUGGAGUGGAGACUUUACAGGAGAGCUACAAUCACUUGGCACCUGGUGGAAAAUUAGUUGUUUAUGGUUUUCAUACAAUGCUCCCCAAGUCUAGUGAUACUGGAGCUGGAUACAUCAGUUUAUGGCAGUGGAUAAAAAUAGGAAUCAACCUCUGGUACACUCCUAAAUUUGAUCCUUUGAAGAUGACUUCAGAAAAUAAAAGUAUCAUGGCAUUCAAUCUGAGCUUUCUCUUUGAUCGACGAGAUAUUUUGGAAGAGAGCAUGGCACAACUUCUAUACUGGGUAAAACAAGGCACCCUUAAAAUCAGCAAAGUGACUCCAUAUCCUCUGAAACAAGUGGCCAAAGCACAUAUAACUACUGAGUUACACUACAAUUACUGUGAAAUGCAAGGUAUGAAUGGAACUACUGUGGAUGUAAUUGUAUGCUGCAAGUCUACAACAUGA